CGGUACCUGGAGAGGAGUUCUAAUCCCACAACAUCCCUCCAGCAGCCCUAACGCCAUCUCCUCACCCUGACUACAUUCCCCUCCCCUGUGGCUGGAGUAAUUUUGUGGAUUGCACCCUUGGCCAUGGUCACCACUGAGCCCCUGGAGAUUGACAGCUGCCAGUUGAUGCACUUGUUGGUGGAGGCCCAGAAGCGACCCCUGGUGCUGGACUGCCGCUCCUUCCUGAACUUCAACGCCUCCCACAUUCGGGGCUCCCACAACGUCUACUGCAACUCCAUUGUCAAGCGUAGGUCCAAGGGCGCCAUCACCCUGGACUGCAUCCUGGCCGAGGAGAGCGUCCGCGCUGGCCUGAGGGGCGGCCGCUACCACACGGUGGUGGUGCUGGACGAGAGGAGCCUGGGUUUCGCCUCGCUGACCGGUGACCCCACGGAUAAGCUGGUCCUCAGCACCCUCCUCUCUCAGCUGGACGCCCACAGCGUCCACACCUACUUCCUGAAAGGAGGUUACGAAACCUUUCACUCGCUGUUCCCUGGCAUGUGCACACAGAUUGCCAAGCCUUGCCCACAGGGGAGCCCCGGUGAAUCUCCAGUGUUCCGCUCCACGCCAUUGUACGAUCAGGGUGGCCCAGUAGAAAUUCUGCCCUUCCUGUACCUGGGCAGUGCCUACCACUCCUCUCGCAAGGACAGCCUCCAGUCUCUGGGCAUCACCGCCCUCCUCAACGUCUCGUCUACCUGUCCCAACUACUUUGAGAGCACCUUCCAGUACAAGUGCAUCCCGGUGGAAGACAGCCACGUGACCGACAUCAGCGCCUGGUUCCGGGAGGCCAUCGACUUUAUCGACUCGGUGAAGAGCAGCGGGGGCCGCACCUUGGUCCACUGCCAGGCGGGAGUCUCCCGCUCGGCCACCAUCUGCCUGGCGUACCUGAUCCACGCUCAGCGGCUCCCCCUGGAGGAGGCCUUCGACUUUGUCAAGCGACGGCGGGGGGUCAUCUCGCCCAACCUCGGCUUCAUGGGGCAGCUGCUGCAGUUCGAGACCGAGGUGCUGUGCCGCUGAGGGAGGGGGCGGAGGGUUGAGACGGCCUCCCCUUCCGGAAGUUUCCGGCCGCGGCCACCUCUCGACACGUUGCUGCCCCAAACUCCGGGCCUUGCUUUGCGUUGACGCAGAAGCCCCCUUGGCGUUUCCAUCGACGGGGUCGGGACUAAUCUCCCCAGUUCCCGGAACACACGUGUCCCUCCGGACGAGUGCCAGCGUUCGGCGGCCGCUGAAGCGACGCGAGCCACCCUCUCCUUCUGGCACAACGCCACCUCCCUGUGGCAGAGCCUGGGAGAAAAACAUUCUGACCACCUGGCACUGACUGCUCUCCCGAGCUCCGGCUCCUUGAGGAAGGGGGUGGAAAACAGUUCAGGGAGAACAUCUGAAUGACUUUGGGCUUUGUCACCUGGUGAGGCAGCAGCACAGUUACAGAAAAUGUGACUUGUUUCUCUGUUUUAAGGGAAAACUACCUGCUAAUUUCCUUUUGAAAGGAAACUACUUUAUAGAGAGAGAGAUAUAUAUUUUUUUUUUCAGAU